AUGCGAUUCUCUACUCUCAGUGUAGCGACAAUCAGUGUGGCUCUCGCAAGCGCUCAAACACCAGCUGAUAGCUGGCCAAUCACAUCUCGUAACAUUGGGUGCGCUUUCGGAAAUGUAACUGUCACGCCUGGAAAAUGGAUAAGUCCUUCUGACGUAACCACCCAACCCUCCAUCUACCGCACCACCUCCAUCCCUAACGCCAACACAAACACAACCUACAUGCUCCUAAUGCUCGACCUCUCGAUCCCCUCCUCCGAUGUAACCACCCCUCGCAAUACUCCACCCUCAUCCCCGGUCUCGCCCCCAACACCACCACGCGCCUCCACUGGUGGCAAGGAAACUACACCAUCGCAUCUCCCUCUUCCUCUCCGCAAACCCCAAACACAAUCUUCUUCAACACCUCCGACAGCAUCGCAGCGUACACCGCGCCGCGCCCGCGCGACGCCACAAACCAUACCUACGCAUUUUAUCUCUUCACACAGCCGAAGAAUUAUUUUCCAGGGGAGGAAGCGGCGAAUGGAACGUAUUAUGAUGAGACGACGGAGGCGAGAUUUAAUUUUUCGCUAA